AUGGAGUUUGCACCUGUGAGCCUUUUUGCUCAAACCUCUCAGAACACCUUUUGGAUACUCCAGCACUUUGUAGCUGGUUCUUUCAGCAUGGAAGGUGGUGAGCGUGAGAGGUUGACUCCAAUGACCAUUUGCAGUGCCAUUGGAGGAGUUGUGGGUGCCGGCAUGAUCGUCUUUGGAGCUCUGACUCUGAACCAAGAAAGUGUUGGCCUCAUCAUUUUCGGCACUGGCAUCAUCCUCUAUCUGUUUCAUCUGAUAGAAGCUCUUUGCAGGAGCAAAACCUCCAAGUACCUCUGUUGGAUCUUGAGUGAGACUGACUUUCAAGGCUAUGUGAAAGAGUUGCAAGAAGCAGAGCCCAAGAUUAAGUGGACGAUCCAGUGCUAUCAUUAUGAAACGAAGCAGUAUACAGAUAGCAAUGGCAAGCAACAGACAAAAAGGGAGAGGGUCAACACUCAUCGUGCUGAACAACAUUAUGACAUCAAUGGCUUCGUUGACGAGACUCUUUCACCUGCACAAAUGAUUGCCAUGUUCCAUUUGAUGUAUGAUGGUGAGCACGAGGAUUUGGAGGCAAACAAAAAGGCACCUAUCUCAUCACUCAUCUUGCUCUGUGAAAUGCCACUGGAGUAUCAUCCAGUGGACGACGAGGAAGAUCAGCGCUUGUCUGAGAGGCGAGAGAUAUUCUUCCGCGACAACACCCGCGACUCACAUCAAGACAAAAGAUCACACAAUCUGAUUGACUGCCACCACAAGAGCAAUGUGAUGGUGAUUCUCAGAGAAGGGACGGAUGACAGCCAUGCGAGACCCUGGUGGAUGACGUACUGGUUCUACAUGGUAUGCACCAUCUUUUUGAUGAGUGUGCCUUACAGAUGCUACUUCUUUUCUAAGUGCACCAAAAUCAACUGGGAGGUGCUAAAGCACUUCUCUCACAAACAUGAGGAGCUGUGGGAAGACGAUCCCAAACACAGCCGUGCCAAGCGCACAGAUGCUGCCUCUAAAGCCUUUCGCAAGGUGCAGCGAGAGACUCCCAAGCGAAGCUUCGAGCUUCGCGAGGGUGCGAAGCCCGCCUGGGAAGAGGGAAAAGAGGGAAAGGAAGAGCUGGCAGAUGUGGGACCACCAGUUGAAUUGCCUGUGGGUGUUCCCUCCUAUUGGAAGAACCAAGAUUUAGAGAAAGACUUUGAUGAGAAGAUCAACUUGUCGGCAGAUGAGAGAGAGAAGAUGCAGAAGCUGCUUGAUGUGACCUACAAGAAUAAGGCUACCCGAGAUCGAAUGAGUGAUGGCAUGCCAACCAGGCUGGUGGUGAACCAGGUGGUUCGCAUGGAAGAUAGCAAGAUGUGGCGCCGCUUCGAGCAAAAACGCGCAGAACUGGCAGUUAGAGGCCAACCAAAGUUGAUGGAGGAGAUGCCGGGCAGUGGUCCCAUCAAAACCUCGGCUGAGGCUGAUGCCGAGGAGCUGCCAUCGUGUCUCAAGGAGUUGACGGUGAAUCUGAACGAAGCGUUUCUCUUUCACGGUUCCUCUCCUGGUGGGGCCCUGGGCAUCGGCGAGAACGGCUUCGAUAUGGGCCGUGUCGGUUCCAAUGUGGGCACCAUGUUUGGAGCCGGUGCCUACCUGGCAGAGGCCUCCAGCAAGAGCGAUGAGUAUGCGACGGAAGAUCCUAGUGGCCUCUUUGCAGGCAAGUUCGCGUUGUUGCUGUGCCGCACACUCCUGGGCAACAUGUUCUAUAUCACGGAGUCCAAUAUCCCAAGGAUUGAAGACGCUCUAGCGACAGGACGAUUUCAAUGUGUUCUAGGUGAUCGGGAAGCAGCAGUUGACACCUACAGAGAAUUUGUCGUUUUUGAUGAAGCACAGAUCUACCCGGAGUUCGUGCUCAUCUACACUCGAAGCUUCGACUAG